AUGGCGGCGGCGGCGAUCCACCAGUUCGCCGAGUGCAUCACCUGCCACGCCUGGAGCCCCGACCAGUCGAGUGAGACAAACGCCCUCCCCCUCCUCCCCGUCCUCCGCUCUAGAUCUCCGCUCGUCGGUUCCGAUCCCCAGUCGCCGCGCGCAUGGCGUAGCUCGUCCGCAGUGAUUGCCUUUUGUCCAAACAACCAUGAAGUACAUAUCUACAAAUUCUUCACAGACAAGUGGGAGAAACUUCAUGUUCUGUCAAAGCAUGAUCAAAUAGUUUCGGGAAUAGACUGGAGUAAAUCAUCCAACAAAAUUGUAACAGUUUCACAUGAUAGAAAUUCAUAUGUUUGGACACAAGAAGGAUCUGAUUGGGUACCUACCCUGGUUAUUCUAAAGUUAAAUCGUGCAGCUUUAUGUGUUCAGUGGAGCCCAAAAGAAAACAAGUUCGCCGUGGGAAGUGGUGCCAAAUCUGUGUGUGUUUGCUACUAUGAACAAGAAAACAACUGGUGGAUUAGCAAGGUUAUCAGGAAAAGGCAUGAAUCUUCUGUCACUAGUCUUGCAUGGCAUCCAAACAAUAUAUAUCUUGCAACAACGUCUACGGAUGGUAAAUGCAGAGUGUUCUCUACUUUUAUCAAGGGUGUAGACAAAAGGGGAUCACAAUCGAGCACUUCAACUGAUUCAAAAUUCGGAGAGCAAAUUGCUCAGCUUGAUCUAUCGUCUACUUGGGUAUUUGGUGUAAGGUGGUCACCAAGUGGGAAGACAUUGGCCUAUGCAGGGCACAACUCCAUGGUUUAUUUCAUCGACGAAGUCGAAUCGUCUCCUGCAGCACAAAAUUUGGCAUUGCGUGAUCUGCCUCUCCGUGAUGUUCUUUUUGUCUCUGAGCGCACAUUGGUUGGUGUCGGAUUUGACUGCAAUCCUAUGAUCUUUACUGCUGAUGAUACUGGGCUUUGGAGUUUCAUAAGAUUCUUGGAUGAGAGGAAAGCUGCCCCAUCAGCUUCAAAAGCCUCACAGGAUUGGACGGUAAAAUCGUGGUAUGGGAUUUGGAAAAUCACGUCAGCAUUGCAAAAUAGCUCGAGGGAAGGCUUCAUUACCAAUCAAAUCAAGGGAACUUCUGUCAUUACCCAUCGUACUCAGGGGACCAUUCUUGGCAGCGGGGUCCUGCAGGUUUUCAAGAUCCAGGGCCAGCCAGGAUGGAAAGACUCGCCUGACGGUUGA